AUGUUAGGUGCCAUACUUCGCGAGCGCGAAGAUGCUCACAUCGCCGCGGCCAUGCAAUAUGCAGUGGAAUGGCUCAAUCAGAGAGCCAUUUACGGACAGCUCGACAUGGUCAUCGAGUACAUCGAGGUGCUUGACCACUACGAUGCGGUUCUUAAAGCCUGUUCGCUAUUCGAACGUGACCAAGUCGUGGCCCUCAUCGGUUCCUCACACGCCAUGCUUAACGCACAGCUCGAGAGGCUAGCUGCGCAGAUGGACAUUCCUAUCCUGACGGCCAUCGACGACUUGGGUGUAAACGCGGCUUCGAAUGUACGGAUUGACUUCUUCCCGAAGGCACAGUUAUUUGAGGCAAUAGUCGACCUCUUCCGACACUGGCGCUGGAACCGGAUCACGAUCGUUUACGAGGAGGACGAGAGAAUCCGCCGAAUCGAACCGUUACUAGAGGAUGACGCGUACUCAUCCAUAAGAUUUCGCCUUGUCAAAGUGCAAAAUAAAGAUUAUAUGAAGGCAGCGAGAGAUGUCAAAGAGCUCGAGGAGUGCAGCUUCUACCAGCGGAAGGACUGUUCGGAGUUUAGCCGCGUACUACUCGACCUUGACCCCGAACAUGCGUACAAUUUCCUGUUGGCUGGGCUGCAAAUGGGGCUGAUCGACCUGAAGCACUGGUUCUUGUUGACAUCAAUGGAGCUUGCCACGAUGGACAUGGACUAUUUCCGGAACAACCAUGCCCGCUAUAUCUCGCCCCAUCCGGUCGAUCCGACGGAAGCCACCUUCACCUUCGAUGCCAUCUACGCCUUCGCCAACGCGACGAUGCUGGUCGGCCAUUCGCAGCAGCUCGACGACCUGCCUAUGACAGCCUGCCGAAAGCCGGGACGAGAGGCCAGGAAGUAUCAGCACGGCCGGACGAUCAUCGACGCCAUUUUGAACAAUAGUCUUCGAGGAAUCUCUGGGGACCUUCGCCGUGUGGGGCAUCCGAUGAAGAGCGACUUUUCAAUGCGAAUCUUGCUGCUAGGAUACAGCGGACGGCUGGAUGAUAUCGGCUUCUGGGAGCCGAAAACCGAUGUUCACGUCAAUAUGAGCGGCGACUCUCGUGCUCAGCUCCAGAAAAACGUGCAGGUCUCCGACGAGCUGAAGCCCCAUUUCCGGGUGACGACUAUUGAGGAGCGUCCCUACGUGAUGCUGAAGAAGAACCACUUCGAGUUGGAUGCUAAUCAGAAAUUCGAAGGAUUUUGUAUCGACUUGUUGACGGAAUUGUCGAGGGACUUGGGUUUCACCUACGCCGUCCACAAAGUCAAAGACGGACGGUACGGCAACGACGUCUACGGUAAUGGCACUUGGGACGGGAUGAUUGGCGAGAUUUUGAGAGGGGAAGCCGAAAUGGCAGUCGCGCCCUUGACGGUCAAUUUCAAGCGGGCCGAGCAGGUCGACUUCACCAAGCCAUUUUUAUCGUUGGGGAUUUCGAUAUUGUUUAAGGUCCCCGACGACCAGCAGCCGGAUCUUUUCUCUUUCCUCAACCCGUUGUCCUGGGAGAUUUGGCUGGCCAUUCUUACUGCCAUAGCCGGGGUUACGGUGGGGAUGUUUAUGGUGGCCCGGAUCACGCCGUACGAAUGGAAUUUGAAUUUCUCGUGCUGUACAGCCCAUCAGCCUCAUCCGGGCGCCACUUUCAACGCCGAUUCGGAGCCGUUGCAAUUGAGCAACAACUAUUCAUUCUGGAAUACGUUAUGGUACGUUACCAGCACGAUGUUAAAAGGCGGAUGUGAUUUUGGGCCUCGUGCUGUUUCUACAAGGCUUUUGGGAGGCACCUGGUGGGUGUUCACCCUGGUCAUCAUCUCCGCCUACACCGCCAACCUGGCCGCCGUGCUCACCGUAUCCAGGCCGUUUAUUCCGAUUAAGAACCUGGAUGAUCUGGCGAAUCAGACGACAAUUUCUUACGGGACAAUCAAAGGCGGCAGUACCAUGCAAUUUUUCCAGGAAUCCCGCAUCGGCUCCCAUGUCAAAAUGUGGGAAUACAUGAAGGACAAGGACGUCUUUGUUAAAACAAAUCAACUCGGCGUGGAAAAAGCGCUACAAGGCAACUAUGCGUUUUUGAUGGAAUCGACGAGUCUCGAGUACGAGGUACAACAGAACUGCAAUCUGACGCAAAUCGGCGGUGUGCUCGGAUCGAAGGGAUAUGGGAUUGCGCUGCAGAAAAAAUCCGAAUGGACCGAUCGAAUAUCCCGACAAAUAUUGCUGUAUGCAAAGCGUGGUAUUAUCGAGAUGAAGAAAACGAAAUGGUGGAGGAGCAAAGGCGCCUCUUGCCAGGGCGGGGGUGCGGUGAAGCAGCAGCGCUUCUCCUUGUCACUCCAUAACGUUGCCGGGCUCUUCAUUAUUUUAAUUGCUGGAUUGUUAUUUGGACUGUUCACCGUCAUCAUCGAAUUAUUGAUCCGCAGCCGGCAGAUUGCGGCUAAAGAUAAGAGGCCCCUAACGACGGAAAUCCGGGACGAACUGAAAUUUGCGUUAAAUAUGAACAAGCCCGAAGAGCACCGGUCGCGCCAGAAGACGACAAAGCACAUGGACGAGCCGAAUGGGCAGUUGAACGGGAAA